UCCUGAUUGGCUGUUUCUACAUCCUGUGUUUUCAGGCCUCACUAGCAAAUGCUAUUUUAAACAUACUCCCUUCGUGAGCAGUGGAUUAACAAGGACCUCUAAGAAAAGAAGUAAGUCAGUAAUGGCAUACUUGGCUUUCGGCAGUUGUUUCAGAGAAGGAAUUUGACAAACCGAUACAAAAAAGCCGUUAGCUGCGAAUGGGCUAACUGUGCUGCUACUGUACAGCAUUGUUGUGAGUGAGCAUUAACCAUGGUAUUAACAGCAGCAGCCUUCAAUAACAGACCGCUCGGUGGCGGACAUCUCUUCAGAACGGGCAGCAUGCACCGGGGAUGGACGUCUGGACGCCAUUUCUAAUGUUCAGUAAGAAUGUUCCUCAUGAUUUGUGGUAUUGAACAUGAGCUGCAGAGACUUCCUUUCACAGGUGUUACUAGAGCUAAACGUUAGAACUGUUUUGUGUGUUUGAAUGUCAUUCUACUGGAAGAACAGUAAGCUCACCUGACGUUAGGGUGAAAUGAAUGAAAUCCUCUUCACUGGGAAGAUAUACCCUCAGUCCCCCAGCACCGACAGCUUCAGUGAUGAAGAGUGUAUGGAUCCAUUACUUCCAACAAUGCAGCAACAAGUACACGUUUCGGAUUGAAAUAUUACCAUUAGCAGGUAUCUAAUGUAUUCAAGUACGAACAGAGAGAUCUGUUGUAUUUGCCUUGUGGUGUGUAUUUUCCUAAUGAAUUAAUGUAGUUUUUCUUGUUCGAGGUUAAGUUAACUUUACCUACUUUUUUGCAGUUUACUAGUUAAACCAAUAUUUCCCUCUAAAAAUCAGUAGUGGGAAAAAAAGUGCACAAUUAAAGUGAAAGGUACUGCUGAUCAUCAUACUACAAAAAACAUUACAUAUGAUGACAUCUGUUGUCAUUUGUUAAGAUAGAUAAAUACUUUAUUGAUCCCAAAUUGGGAAAUUAUUUAGUUACAGUGUGAUCCGGCAUUAAAAAAAGUUGGAAAAAAUGUAUCAAGAAAAUAAAAUAAAAACUAUAAACAGCAGCAAUUAUAAAUACAUAUCUACAAUAGAAAGGACUUGAACCGCCAAGAAUAAUAAAUAAAAAAUGCUCUAGAUAAGUUGGACAAUUCUAUGAAAGGACAGUAUUUUACAGUAGCAUAUAUAUUCAUAUGAUAGUAUAUAAAUAACUGAUAGAUAUGAACAAUAUAUAAUUAAAGAAGUGACUGUGACUGUAUUCUGUGAAUGUCAGUAACGAUGCCAGUGCUGUCUGCUCACAGUUUAGCUGCAGUGUGUGGAUGGAGCACAGCAACCCAGAGACACUGAGAGACCCUGGAGAGGCUGGUCUGACAGACCGGGAGAACUCUGAGGCAUUGUGCUUCGAAAAGGAUCAGACGAGAUGCAGCCCCUGCAUGGUUGCCGAGGAUGGGAUCACUAAUGGUUCCUGGUCUCAGAGGUCCUUGACCCGCUCCCUGCAGCGAGCCGAGACACUGCUCAGAACCUUUAACCCCGGCCUCAAGUGGCUGUUCCAGGGCCGUCAGGACGAGGAAGACAUAGAGAGACAUUUUGUAGUCGCUCACAAUCUGGUGUCCCGCUCCUCCGCUCGUCUCCUGCGACUGCACCAAGUGGUUCUGACUGUGGCCCCCCAGUGGCAGUCGGUGGGCAGGGAGCAGACAGGGUCUCCCCGGGUGUGUGUUAAAGGCCUCCCGGCAGACAGCGGGGUGCUCCUCCUGCCCUCCUCUCUCUCGCUGCAGGGACACCACACAGCUCUGUGGAGGCUCCUGGAGCAGCGGGCCCUGCUGCUCUUCGUACACGAGUACACCAGGAGGGCCCGCCUCACGGCAGCUUUCAUCUCCAGAGUGCGCCACCUGCUGGAGGAACAGCGGAAGAACUCACACCUGACACUUAACCAGAGCUCUUCCGUCCAGGGGGGACUCGGCUCGCUGAGUCAGGAGCUGAGGGUCCACCUCAGCCACUGGUCCUGUCUGUUCUCCAGAGUCCAGCAUGACCCCCUCCUGAGAGCGGCUCUGAGCCCGCAGUCCAAACUGCUGCUGGAGGUUCGAGGGACCCUGGAGCUGCUGGGUGUGCAGGCGCUGCUUCUGAUGCAGCAGUAUGUGCAUGCCAUGCUGUGUGCUGUGGCCCACGCUGAGGUCCCCUGUGUCCCCCGGGAGGUCCUGCAGGACAUCCUGGCUGGCACUGAGCUGUAUAACCAGGCGGUGGGAGAGCAGAGAGCGCAGCACAGCGCCACCCAGCUGAGGACUGCAGUGUUACAGCAGGCUCAGUACUCCCCCCUGCAGCCCAGCGGCAGGGAGCAUCAUCCUGCUGCCUUCUCUCUCAAAGAGCUGAUGAAGAUUUUAGCCGUGCAUCAGGCAGACGUGGCCGCCCAGCAGCUGCUGUGCAUGGCUUCUGAACACACUCACAUCUGUCAGGUCCAACCCCCCCGGGAGGCCUGUUGUCAGAGCUCAGCCAGUCGGGGGUCCGGGCCCCGCUGCAGGACCUCUGAACUAAGACCUGAGUUGACCUGGGAGCAGCUGCAGCAAACCUACCCCACCUCCUCUCCUCUCUUCUCCACCGAUCCUCCUCCCCUCCUGCAGUCAUCUUGUCAUCACAGAUGCCAUCACACCCUUCCUGUUUACAUCCCUGACCUCCAUGGAGACAGAACAUUCCCUGAGAACCCCCAUCCUGUUCAAGCCAAGGCCCCCCCUUUCCACCACAGGCCUGAGUGCUUUGACAAACGCCACACAGACACCCCCCCAACCAGUGAGAAUGCUUUAAGGUUAUCCAAAGCACAUGUAGCAAGACAGACCCGCUCAGAACAACAAUUGCCGGUCAUCUCCCUCCCCCCAGCCCCUGUCCAGCCCCCCUCCCUGUCAGGGCUCUGCCGACAGGACCAGUCCUCAGUGGAGCUUCUGUUUCAGGUGCUUCUCUCGUCCAAUGAGCUGCUGGCUCCACUGGUCUCACAUGCAGCCACACCUGGAGCUGAGCAGCUGCUCCCUCCCCCCGCAGCAGAAGUGUUAUCAGCCAAUGGGAAGGCUGAGCUGAGGACUGUACCUGCUCCAGUCAUAAACGCAGCCGGUUCAGCAGAAUGGAAUAGUGUGAUCACAGAACUGAACAAAGACCAACCUGUGGAGGGUCCGCAGGAAUGGGCUGAACUGGAAAUAACCACCCAGCCAGAAGUUGCUGUCAGGGAUGGGGUCCCGGAGAAGGAGGAGCCUGUGGGUGCAGAGGGGACCGCAGAUGGAGUACGCUGGCCUCACUCGGUUCAGUGGCUGGACGUGGAUCAGUCUGUGGUGUUGGCCGAUGUGUGUGGACAGUACCGCAGCCUACUGUGGACGCUGUGCAGCAAGGCCCUGCGGCUGCAGCUGCAUGUGCCGGCUGCAGGACGCACUGCAGGGAGCAUCAACCUCCAGGACACACUUGCAGGGUUCCACAUCCUGCACAGCAUGAGGCACGCUGCAAACACAGAUCUGAUCCCUGAGGAGUGCAGGAGCAUGCUUCAGGACUUCAGUCUCUAUGUGUUAGUGGUCACAGCACAUGCUCAGUGGAACAAUGUGUUGUGCAGGAGUCUGGGUUCCGCUCUGAAAGAUAAGUGUCUGGCGGUCGUGAAUCAGCCGUCACCUGAGCGUGAUGGAGAUGUGAUGAUGUCAGAGACCAUGAGGCACUUCCUGCUGCUGCCCCCUCCUCUCCUGUCAUCAGUGUGUGGCCUUCACUCAAAAAGCAUGGCCUCAGAUUCUGUACGGCUCAUGCUGCAGGGUCAGACCGUUAGCUUGCUGUUAGCCACCGUGCAGCUGUCCACAGUGUGGGUCAUGUCCAAGGCUUACCAGUUCCUGUCCUCAUGGAGCCUCAACAAGUUCCUGCUCAUCUCACAGGGAGACCUCAAGGUGCUCUCAGAGUCGUUGGAGACGAUGCUGCGUCAGACUAAAUCCCUGAUGGUACAUUUAGACAGUAACCAAAACUGCAGUCUUCACAACCACAGCCUGCUCCUGCUGAGGCGGCGGCUGGCAGCGCUGGACAGAGCGGUGUCCGAGCUGCAGACUUUCUCCUCUCGGCUGCUGCAUACCUUCUCCAGCGACUGCAAGAGGAUGUCAGGGGAGAUCUUUGAGCAGACCAUGCCCUCUGCUGGACACUGGAGACCCAGCCUCCGGACAGGUUUUCCCAGCAGCCCCAGUGAGUAUGUGUCGCAGGCCGCUCAGACUGUGAUUGGCCAGGUGUUAGAGGGCGUGGCUCCACUUUCUGAGGAUGCCCGUGUCCAGGCCCUGAGUAUCACCACCACAGCCUUCAUGGAGGCAUGGAUGGAACACAUCCUGAAACAGAGGAUCAAAUUCAGUGUGCAGGGGGCUCUCCAGCUGAAGCAGGACUUUGACUCCAUCAGAGAGCUGAUCCAGUCUGACAGAUACGGUCUGUCAGCAGAACUCCACCAGCGCCUGCUCAGCCUCCGGGUGUUCCAGCAGGUGGACUCAGCCGUGAUGUGCCUGCUCCAGCAGCCGCAUGCCAAGCCAUACCUGCGGCCCCGAGCCUGGGAGCCGUUCACUCGCUGCUGCCCGGCCAGCAGCAGAGACAGCAUGGACACAGCGGUGGGGAGCAGUAUCACCAACCUGAGGAGCAUGGAGGGGGAGGAGCUGACCCAGUGUGAUCCUUCAGUAGUGAACUCUGACCUCCCUCCGCUGAACCCCUCCUCCCCUGGAGAGCCCUACCUCGCCCCCAGUGCCGCUCUGGGUUUUGCUCAGCGGGAGUGGCUGGAGCUGAGGAUCCACAGCAGCGCCCGCCGCUGGAGGCUGCCGGGCCUGCACUGCCUCUGCAAGACCGAGCCCUGAACAGUUUGACAUGUUCACCAUGAUUUACUUUUGGUUGUGAAUAUCUUUUGCAAAUAAGAAUGUGAAAGGUUGAUUUGGAAUGAUGUAAAGAAGAUGUAAUAAUUUAUUUUAAAAUAUAUAAAAUACUUGUUUUACCACUU